CAUCUACCCAUGACAGUGACAGACGGUGACCUAAAUCUUUUGAUAUUGAAAUUCAAAUUGGUUUGUUUUAUUAUAAAUAUUCAAUUCUAGAUAAGUACAGGCAAAGUGGUAUAUAAAAGUUUGUCGCUACAGCAUUCAGCAUACAAUGUAUUUAUGCUUGAUGACCAGUUGGAAGUAGAGUAAACUAGAUUGUUACAUAGCAAAGUAAUGGAUGUCUCCAGGAAAUAUGAGAAUUUUUUGGAGUUUCGACGACAAGAAAAGAGCAAUUUUCUCUGGAUUUCCAGGACAUUACGUCCUAAAGUCGCAAACGUUCAGGAAGCACCUUGUUCGCCAUCACUACAUAAAGAUGAAGUGCUGCAAAGCCCAAAGAUACAAGAACUGCUAGACAAGGUUAGGUUUUUAAUUGAUUUUUCAUCAACAUAAGGCCCUAAGGAAAAAAUAUGAAAACUGCAUUUCUUCCAGCAUUGCCCUCUUCAGCAUAUCUGUCUAUUUGUUGAAUUUUUAAAGGGUGCAAGUAACAAAACUCUUGAGAAGUAUUUGUAACUUUCCUUUAGGUUAUGACUGCAUUUAUAUUUCCCACCAAGUAUAAAUACUUGAAAAUAAUAGCUCCUCAUUAUUUAAUGAUAACCAGGGCACUUCUUCAAUUGUCACCAAUUGAGAGUAGCCCUUGUAGUUGGCCUUAGUCUCUAUUCAAUAAUGAGACUACUCUUUCAACUUGGUCUUCCUACUGUAUACCAUGAGGCUUUAAGGGGAAUCCACAGAGGGAGAGACACAAUUGAGGACAAUUCUGUUGAGAUGUCAUUCAAACCUGCACAGCUCAUUGUGACUAAUUAGCGGAUGGGCAGCCUAAAUUCCUAGUUUUAACUGCAUGCUUUUCUUAUUUCAAAAUUUUAACUCAUUUUUGGUAAAACUUAAUUUAACUAACAUUUUAGUUAAGCAGCGUUCAAAAUGUACCAAAAGGUCACUUAGAAAAACAGGUGAAAGAAAUACUAGAUGAGAUUGGAUACAAUAAAAGCUUGAAAGUAAUAAGAUGGCUGGGAUUGGUAUUAACAAAGAUCUGUUUGAGGGUCUCAUCUGGAAUUUACAUAAAUGUGAACAAAGUUCAACAGGUUCGAUCAAAAAUGGGCAACUGCCCAGUGAUAUUUGUGCCAAGCCACAGGAGUUAUGCUGAUUUCAUACUAAUGUCAUACAUGUGUUUCACAUAUGAAAUUGUUAUACCAGCAAUAGCUGCAGGAAUGGGUAAAAUGAUGCUUGACCUUUUAAAAUUCAGGGUGUUCCAACUUUGGAUAGGCAAAGUGAAACUGAGAUACUAAGUGAAAAUUUACACAUGCUAUGAAUGCUUCUGCAGAUAAUUCUCAUAUUUGUUACAUGGAGGCCACUAAAUAUAUAAAUUCUAUCAAAAGUAUAACAGCAAGUAUACCCUGUGCUUUGGCCUGUGAUCCGGCACUGCCCAAUCUAGUUCACUGAACCAAUACCUAAGAGUGAGUUAUAUCUCCUGUUUGUGAGCAAAGGAUUAGAUAACUGGAUGGUACGAAUAGAGCUUCCAUCCCUGCUCACCACUGUGCAGAUCACCCCAUACUUGACUCAUGCACUCCGCUGUAGCACAGACCAAGAAAUCCAAGCCUGCCUGGAAACAGUGGAGUACAAGAUUUUCAUGGAAUGUGGGGUAUGGGUACCAUGUUGAGAGAUACAGGUGCUUUUUUUAUGAGACGAUCUUACAAUGAUGAUAGUGUAUACUGGACUGUGUUUAAGCAAUACAUUUAUCAGUUGGUGACUAGGGGUGAUUUGCCUAUAGAAUUUUUCAUUGAAGGCACAAGAAGCCGAAGCAAUAAAUCACUUGCACCUAAGUUCGGUCUAAUAUCAAUGAUUCUCAAACCAUAUUUCUUCGCGCAAGUACCUGACAUACUGUUUGUACCAAUAAGUAUCAGUUAUGACAGAGUUUUGGAAGAAAAUCUUUUUGCUUAUGAACUUUUGGGUGUUCCAAAGCCUAAGGAAACGACAUCUGGCUUUUUCAAAUCGCUAAAAAUUCUGAAAGAGCGGUUUGGAAGCAUUUUCUUUCACAUAGGCGAACCUAUUUCAUCGAAAGAAUUCUUCGGCGAUUCUAUAGAUCGUAGCAUCCACGCCACAGCAUCUUUACACAAACAAGAUCUUACCGAUCAAGAAAAAAGUGUGAUACCUCCCCUGGCUUUUGAGAUUUUGCAUAGACAGCAACAGGGUUUCGUCAUAACUAUAUUCAACCUGGUUGCACUUGUUCUCAACAAUACUUAUACAAACAAAAAGAAGUUGCCGACUAUUCUAGAGUUGAAACAGCAGUUGCUAUGGUUGAGGAGUAUAAUUGAAAGUUUAGGGGCCUAUAUACAUUGUGAUGAUCUGGAAAAGGAAAUAAGGGAAUGUCUGGUUGUGCAUCGAAACAUAAUACAUUUCAACUCUAACAAUGAAGUUUCUUUAGUCGAAACUCAAAUCCAUCAAGGGAAAGUCAACAUACAGAAAUUGAAAGCACAUCAGCUGAGUGACCAAACAAUGACGUACUCUGUACCAUUUGUAGCACUCCAAAUAUAUGUGAAUCCUACUCUGUUUUACCUGUUUGAUCUAGCUGUUUUGUUUACUGUAAUCCAGAAAGAGGGGGCAUUGAACAAAGAGGAUUUAUGGGUCAGAUACCAUUUUUUGAGAUCCUUAUAUGCAAUGGAGUUCGUUUUUCCUCCCCAAAAGGAACACAUAACAUACGAAUCUGCUCUAGAAAACGCCAUUGCUGUGAAUGCAUUGAUAUUAGCAGGCGACACAUAUAUCGUAGGGAGAAAUGUAGAAUUACAAGAGAUUUUGCAUAGCAGUUUCAAACCAUUUUUGCUGUCUUACUCAACAGUAUUCUUAGUACUACAGCACUUGCCACUGGCAUGCGAACAAAAAACAAUCUUAGCAAACGUACAACGAAUACUUGAGGAUGCUAUAAAUAAUAAAGAGAGUUUUGUGCAUCCAUAUACUCUGAAUCUGGAUACUUUGAGCAAUUGCAUCAAUAGCUUGUGUGCAAUGUCUGUUCUCAAAAAGGCUAGGAGAGAAAACGCAGUGUCGUUCGAGAUUAACAAAACAGAACUUGAUGAUGUCAAAACAAGAUUAGAUUUAUACAUUCCUACAUUAUGUAUAAACGAGGAUCUGCUAGUCAAUCUGCAAUUACAAAAUAAACUAUAAAUAUUAAGCGUCAAAAAGACUGGUUGGUUACCAUAUUUGGAAUUGUUUUUUAUAAAUGUUGUGCAGUAUUUAUGUAUGUUUAAUUUGAAAUAUAUAUUUGAACAUUAGCU